AUGACGGGACUCCAGCACGAGUCCGCCAUCCUCUUCCACAAUCUCGAGAACACAACUUUCCUUCUCGACACGCCAAGAUCGCUCGCUCUGGCGCAAGACUGGAAACCAGCGCCGCCGCACCAAAACCAAGAUCAGUGGUCAUCGGCGCAGCAAACCAUCUCUGCCCGGAUAGAAAAGAGCAAUGGAAAAAGCAGGAAAGAUGAGAAGAAAGAUGAUAUCAAGAAAAAGCAGCAUCUUCUCUCUUCUGCGCCGCUGACCGCCCCGUAUCCAUCUUCCACGGAGCCCAAGACAAAGGCUGCGCGCGCCAAGGUGCUCGCCAAGAUGGCACCGAGGGAACGGCGAUUCCAUGUGGAAUGCAUUCAGCCACUGGUGAGACAUGGCUUGGACGUCAUCCAUGCGGGAUACCAGUCUGGGGAGCGGCGGUGGUGUCUGCCUCGACGCGUGCUCCCUGACAAGGAUAGGGAGCCGCCGAGUGAGGGAGUGGCCGGCGCGAUCGACAUCGAUAUUUCUUCGGUGAAGAAGAAACGGAAGUACGAUGGAGAUAUUCCUUGUAGUUCCUCCCUAAUGGAUGCCGUUUCGUCUUCUCGCUGUCCGCCGGUUAUUCUGUCGUCGACCGCAGCCAAUACGUUCGACUCGGUGUUGGAUCUGGAUGGUGUUGUGAGGAAUCCAUCCUCCGAGACUGCUGUUCUCAUGGUUGGGGGCGAAGAAAGUAAAUCUGAAUCUUUCUCUGAAUACACCGUGCCGCCCAAGUCCAGCUUUGUGCUUUGCACAUUACCUCUAUCGCGCCCUUUGUUGUCUCCCGAAGAAGAUCCUAUUCCGGGGAUGACUUCGGACCAGCAAUUCAACUUGAUCCUGCUUGAUCCGCCGUGGCCGAACCGGUCGGUCCGGCGUAGCGGCCACUACUCUACGCAACCGUAUUCCGAGAUGAGUGCUCUCACGCAGCGGCUUCGGGGUAUUCUCUACGUGCAUAGCUACGAUCACACCCACGAUAAUGCUGCAUAUAAGCAGUCUACAAGUAUGGACAACAACGCACAAACCUCAGGACAAAGUCGGCAGUCCAUUGGCGCUAUCUGGGUUACCAACGCCGAGAAAACCCGCAAAGCGGCCUACGAGUCCCUCCGCGACGCAGGAUUCCACGUCUGCGAGGAAUGGGUGUGGAUCAAGACUACGUGCGACGGGCAACCGAUUUCAGAGCUGGAAGGGCUCUGGCGGAAACCGUACGAGAUGUUGGUGAUUGGCCGGAAAGGACAGGGUGGUGGUGGGAUAGACACGACACAGACACAAACACCAACACCGUCAAGCGAGGCUGAUUGGGCUGGUUUGUAUCCGGCCCACACCACCAAACGAGUCAUUGCGGCUGUUCCGGAUGUGCAUUCUCGCAAGCCGAGUCUUAAGGAGGUCAUGGAGAAGGUGUUUUUCAUGUCUUCUUCUGGGUCGGUGCUGGAGUACUCUGCUCUCGAGGUAUUUGCUCGCAACUUGACUGCUGGGUGGUGGGCUGUGGGCAAUGAAGUGCUCAAGUUCAAUGCUCAGGAGUGGUGGGUUGCCUGA